AUGCCGCACGUGGAGAUGCUGCUGCUGGCGGCCGCGGCGCUGUGGGUGUGCGUGCGCGGGCAGGAGCCCGGCGCCAAGGCGGUGGCCGACCGCUACGCCGUCUACUGGAACAGCACCAACCCCAGAUUCCAGCGGGGUGACUACCACAUCGAUGUCUGCAUCAAUGACUACCUGGAUGUGUUCUGCCCUCACUAUGAAGACUCAGUGCCGGAAGAUAAGACCGAACGCUAUGUUCUGUACAUGGUGAACUUUGAUGGCUACAGCUCCUGUGAUCACACCUCCAAAGGGUUCAAGAGGUGGGAGUGUAAUCGGCCGCAUUCCCCGAAUGGACCGUUGAAGUUCUCGGAAAAGUUCCAGCUCUUCACGCCCUUCUCACUAGGAUUUGAGUUCAGGCCAGGCCGGGAAUAUUUCUACAUCUCUUCUGCGAUCCCAGAUAAUGGAAGGAGAUCCUGUCUAAAGCUUAAGGUCUUUGUGCGACCAGCAAACAGCUGUAUGAAAACUAUAGGUGUUCAUGAUCGUGUUUUCGAUGUUAACGACAAAGUAGAAAAUUCAUUAGAACCAGCAGAUGAUACCGUACAUGAGUCAGCCGAGCCAUCCCGUGGUGAGAAUGCGGCACAGACACCAAGGAUACCCAGCCGGCUUUUGGCAACUCUAUUGUUCCUCCUGGCAAUGCUUUUGAUAUUAUAGCACAGUAUGCUCCGGCAACCUGUCGCAGAAAAUAUCAGGGUCUUGGAACAUCAAAGAUCCACCUAACUGCUCAUCCCAGGAAAGGGACUUUAUUGUUUUUGCAGAUGUCAAGUUGUUAUUUUUCCCUUUUCCCUUUUCUUCUCCCUUUUAGCCUGAACUCAGCAAAAAUUUGAAGGGGAUAACUAGCUUCAGCACCCAUCCCUACGUACCCUGUGACUUUCUUAACCCCUCCAUAUAAAUAAACGGACUCCAAAUGAAAAUGCCAAACUAUAAUAGUGACACUAGUGAUUCUUAUUUUCCUCUGCAUUCUCCUUUAAGAAGUCACCUCUGUUAGCUCACUGUGUCAUCCGUAUGUGGACAAGGAAGAAUAGUGGCAGAUGCAGUCAGUGAAGGAUAAGGAAAGUGAGUGAAAGCCUGGGAGAGUUUUUCUCUCUGAUACAAUAUUUAUGCCUUCUCAUUCAGCACUGUAAGAUGAUCAUGCAAGGCAUCGUGUCACCAUGUCAGGACUGGAGGGGAAAUAUUAAGAAUAGAUACAAUAUAACACCAUUUCCUCCAGGAGUUUCUAAAUGAACAGGCUUCUGAAAGGGAAAGACAACGUUUCUUAUAGGACUGUCUUGAAACAUCUUUGACAGUAAAAUUUGUGCUGACAAGUAGAAAUGCUGUCUUUGGUGAGAAGAAGAAGUUAGUAUUUAGGAAUGUUAGCACACAGCAGGCAAGGUCAGAUUUAGGAAACUUCACUGGGGGUGUGAGUGCCUCUGUUAUUUCGUUUUAAGGGGAUAAUGCACACCGGAUUAUUUUAUUUUAAAACAAAUCACCGUGGUGCUACAAUUUUUUUCUUGAAAUGCAGAGGCACUUUUGAGAAUAAAGUGACCUUCCCCAGCGCUGACUUAGUAGCUGAUAGCCUUGGAUGCUGCUCUGGGUGUUAAUAUAUGCUAAGAGAGGACAUCAGUGGCCGGAGGAAACAUGUUUGGGACACAGGAUCUCCAGUGUGCUCUUGAUUUGUCUCUCCUGCAAGUUCCUCAAUCAUGGGAAUAAACCACAUGUAGAAGAAGCCAGGACAGUCUAGUAGCAUUGUUUGGUGGGGGGAAAGAAAAGAAGUGUGGAAUAUGAAUUCAAGUGUUGAUUUUUUAUCUUUUCCCCUUCCAGCACAAUUUGAAAAGUAGAGGAAACGUGUUUAUCAGCCGGAGGUAAACUAGAUGGGCUCCCAAAGACUUAACAAAAUAUUUUUUUAAAAAUCCACUAGAAUAGAAAAUACAUUAUUUAGAUAUACUUUAUGCUGAGAGUGAGUAUAUAUGCUUGUCCUAUUUAAACAUGUGAGAGAAGUGGUAACCCUUGAUGCAAUUAGGAAAUGGGACUGUCUUGUUUCAUGGAAUUAGGAGUGACCCUGUUUAAGAAAUCUGAGCCUUGGCUAACAUAGAACUUUAAAAAGUCAUUUGCCAGGAAGUGCAAGCCUUGGGGUAUUUUUUGGCUAGGCUGCCAUGAAAUUUGGACUGCUAAGCAUAAUCAGGGAAAUAUCAGACCAAGAUUGAAACAGAGCUUUUCUAACAAAAACUGUGAUAAUUAUGUUAAAUGUAAAACAAAACAUGGAGCGCAUUCAAGCAAAACAAGGGUUUUCUGUAUUAAUUCUGAAGAAAAAGUCUGCCGUAACAAAAUUGAGUGAUACCAUUAAUGGACAGCACUUUGUGGGCUUUUUUUAAUGAAGAAAAGCUUUCCAGAAGCUGAAGCAGCCCACUAUUCAAAAAAGGAGGAAAGGGGGAAAUAAAUUCAAGAUGUAAAGGGAGGUUUAGGCAUGCUAAACUAUGAUCUGGGCUUGCCUGAUAUCAUACAACACAGUCAUUAAUGCAGGGUCUGUGCUUACAGGAGGAAUGUAGGAAAUUUCCUCUAGUGUGCAGUGUACACAAUAAAGAUAUGCAAUCUGAACAGUUAGAGAAGUCAUCAUCUCAUUACAGGCUAUCUGGUACUUUUCUCUCUCUAAUGUGGAUGUGCUUGGUACACACACUAAUACUUCCUGUAGGUAGGAAUUAAAAAGCUUUGGAUGAGGUGAGCUUAAUCAAAAUGCACCUUAUCAAAUGGAUUAUUAACCAGAGUACAGAUAAUAUUGCAUGAUAGGUAACCAUAUUAAAAUGAUUCACAGCAAUUGCAGGCAGUCAUACCAGUAGUGCCAAUUUAAUGUAGAAAUGAUGACUUCAUUUUUCAUCCUUUGUCUCUGAAUGAUAUCGGAGUUCAAGACGUACAUUUAUCCACAGCAAAGGAUUUUCACUAGUGUUACUCCUGGUGAAAUUCACCCCUUCGUUUUAUCACAAAGCCCUGCUGGGUAGAUGAGGAACAACACGAGUGAUACAGCUGCAAGGCAGAUCCCUGUGCUGCCUGGCAUGGUGUGGCUGGGAGCGUACCAGAUACUGUCAGUUUGAUACUUGAUGGCAUCAGGCAAUCCCAGUCAUACCAAGUACAUAAAUGCUGGUGGACUUUGUGUUGCAUUGCAAAUCUCUGGAUGCUUUAAAUGCAGAUAUUGGUGCAAAUUAAGAUUUCUGCUCCCUUCCCCUUUAUCUGCCCCAGCUCAAGUCUGAGGGACUGAUUCUCCCUCAGCCUGGGUGGCUUACUUACCCCAAUGACCUGCACUCCUGGCUGCCAAGGCAUUGCAAUGUGAAGCAGGGAAAAUAGGGAUCAGUCAGUUUAGUGGAUACUGUGUAUCCUUUAAUAGACAAGGUAACAUUUCGUGUUAGUUUAGAACGUUGUUUUGUACUGUACUUACUUGGAUGGCGAAGGAAAGACAAGUAAAA